CUGAUGCUUUCUAAAUGAUCAAAUAUAUAUUAUUGUACAAAAACACAAUUUUAGGUCAACAGAGUGCUGCUGCUGAUCUAGGCCUAGUGAUUCUUCCUGCCACUCUUUAAGCUGCCUCUACUGCACCUGUGACGUUUUCCGCCUGCCGUGCAAUGCCAGUGCGCACUGGGCAUCAAAAGCGCAGAUAGAGGCAAAACAAUGUCACAAAAAAGGACAUAUCCUUCAGGUGCAGAAAAAAGGAAGAAGAAGAAAGUGGAAGAGGUGAAAAAAUGCCAUGAUGAAGGAGCAUUGUUAAAAUACUUUAGAGGCACAGAAUCAGCCCAGAGCCAGUCCACAUCCUCAGGCUCAACUGUGAGUGAUGAAUCAGGUCCAUCUCCAUCCUCUACAGUGCUCUCUCACACACCUCCAUCCUCUGUGCCCACUGUCCCCUCCAUGUCUAAAACCACAGCUGAUUUAUCUACAACUUCCACCACAACGUCCCCUUCACACCAUGGACCAUCAUCAGCUCCGCCAGUUGACCCAGCUGAGUGGCCUUCUUUCCUCUCAGAUUCAGACAGGACUGAGCAGGUGAUCAGAGGACCACUGUCUAUUAAGGAGAACUUUUCAUUCCCCAAACGGCAUGAUGGCCGAAGUUUUCAUUAUCAUUAUACGUACAGACAGCUAGUCAAUGGGGAAAAAGUCAAGCGUAGAUGGCUGACUUAUUCAAGAAGUAAAGAUGCAGUCUAUUGCUUUUGCUGCAAAUUAUUUUCCAAAAAGUCCUUAAAACUGGCAGCCGAGGGACAGCGGGAUUGGGUCAACAUAGGUGCAAUAAUAAAGUGAAUCAGAAUCAGCUUUAUUGUCCAGUUAUGUUUAACACACAUGGAAUUUAACUUCAGUAGACUGCGCUCUCUUUGUACAAAGUAAACAUUAAAUAUGAACAAUUAACUAAAAAUAUAAACUAGUAAUUAAAGACUAAUAUGUACAAGACUGAUGAGACAAGAUGACACUUUUACUGUAAAUACAAAGCUUUAUCAC